UAAAUGUAUAUAUUCAGUAGACUACAACAAGAUUCAUCAGUUUAAAAUGACUUCUCCCGACAUAACAAGUACGCUUCGAAGUGUGUUUGAAAUACCCAACGACUCGCGCUUUAAUGUUACGUUACAACAGUGCAAAAACGAACAAGGUUUUUCUAUUCUUGAUAUCGAGUUCGGUACGGGAGCGAAACAAUACGUGGUAGUAAAAGCAAUCAGUUCAAAUAAAAUCAAAGGAUAUGGUGAUAUUAGAGAAAUUUCCACACUACCUCCGGUAUUCACUUUUCAAGGUAAAAACACAGAAAAAUAUAUAGCAUUUGAAAGGACCAGCACAGAAAUACAAAGCUUAACAAUUUACAUGAAAGAUAUUUUGAAGGCUUUAGCUAUUUACCAAUCACGAAAUCUAGCUUCCGAAGAAACACCACGGGAGACUGAAAGUUAUGAGUUACGACAUCUACUUGACACAGCAAUUUCAACGAAUAUAUUUACAGAUUCCUAUAAAGACAAUUUAGAUACCGCAGUAAAAUGUUUGGAGGUAGAUGGCGGGAAAAUAUUUACAGCUGGUUUACUAGUAAACAGUGUUGGAUUUCCUGUAAGAAACAAAGAAAAUGCUAAUUUAAAAUCUUGGAACGAUAAAGCUGUUCCUCCUGUAUACGAUGCCUUGCUGUACAUUUUUAUUUGUACUACCGAAGAAUUUCGACGAAAGCAUUUUUCUGAGCUCCUUGAUGUUUAUUUCCAGCAACUGACGACAUCGAUAGAAAAUUACUUUCCAGAAUAUUCAUCAAAGCUAACAACUUAUUACAGAGAAACAUCAGUCAGAGUCUUACUCCCCAUAGUAAAAUUUCAAAUCGUGAUUAAUUCACAAGCAUCUGAAGACCUUAUUUCAAACACAUCGCGGUUUCUAAAGAAUCCACUUAUUAACCAAGAAGACAUUUAUGACAUUGUCGAGAACAAGUUCCAUUCCAAGGAAUAUAGACUGGACGACUAUGAUAUGAAAAAGUUGGACACUAAAAACGGCCAUUUAGGACAGUAUUUCAAUUUAACUAUCAAAGUUACCCGUAAAGGCGAAAGUAAUACUCUGCACCUAUUUGUCAAAGUCAUUAUUCCUCACACCGAAUUUUUGAGAGAUAUCGUUGAAAGUGGUCCAGCUGAGAAAGAGCAUUUCUUCUAUUACACGCUUUUACCCUUAUAUGAAGAACAUGGUUUAAAGGAUAUACUAGACUUCGCACCCCAAUGCUUUUUGAGCAGAGCAAAAUGGUUGAUAGUAUUAGAAGACCUGGCAAAGGUUGGAUUCCGCGGGAUGGAAGUAAAUCAAAACCUGGAUUUUCACAAAUUGAAAGCGGUAGUAUCGUUGUUGGCUAAGUUCGCUGUAUCAACGUUAAUUUUAGAAGAAAAUUUGUCGAGAAGUAAUGGAAAAAGGGUUCGAAUGGAUGAACUUUAUCCGGAAAAAUUUACGGAAACCAUAUACAUAGAUGAUAAAGAAACCCAAAUAGGAAAAAUUUUCAAUGGUACUAAAGACGCUAUACAUUAUAUUUUAGAUCUCUGUCCAGAGAUCACAGCAAAAAGUAAUUUGACACAAGAUGAAAUUUAUCACAGGACGGAUGAAAUGUACGAAUCGUUAUUUAAAAAGAUUCUAACAUCUGAAAAGUUUAGAAACGUAAUGAACCAUGGAGAUAUGCAUUUAGGAAACAUGUUAUUCCAUUUUGACGAAAACGAUGCUGUAUUCAAAGCUAUCUUAGUCGAUUUCCAAAUUUUACGUUACAUACCUCCAGUGUUUGAAUUAUUGUUUUUUAUUUAUUCUUGUUCAUCGAGAGACACGAGAUUGAAAUAUAUCGAUCAGCUUGUCGAGGAAUAUUAUCAGGACAUUAGCAAAUAUUUAAAAGAUUUCCAUUACGAUCCCGAAGAAGUUUUUCCAAGAGAUGAGUUUAAUGAAAGUAUCAAAUAUAUUAAAUCAGCUGUCCUAUCAGCUACUUGUAUGAUAGUUCACAUGGCGAAAUUACAGCCUAAGAUUAGGGAAGAUGUAUUUUUUAAUCCAGAGAAGUUUGAUUAUUAUGUUAAUAAAAACAGAAGAGCUUUAAUUGAUUUGGUGUGGAAUGAUGAGUAUUAUAACAAGUGCAUGAAAGAUAUGGUUCGAGAUAUUAUGGAUUUUAUUGCUGAAGAUCACUAGAGUAUAAAUUAAUUUUUGUAACCUUUCAUUUUAUAAAAUUGUAAAAAUAUGUUCUUAAUAAAGUUAUAGAAAAGAAAA